CGUGUCCAUAACUUCCGCUCGCGGCCGGAAGCGUAGGGCUCUUCGAGCAUGGCGGCGGCGAAGGUGAAUCAGGACAUGCCCCCGCCGGGGGGCUACGGCCCCAUCGAUUACAAGCGGAAUCUUCCCCGUCGGGGACUGUCGGGCUACAGCAUGUUUGCUGUGGGCAUUGGGGCCCUGCUCUUCGGGUACUGGAGCAUGAUGAAGUGGAACCGCGAGCGCAGGCGCUUGCAGAUCGAGGACUUCGAGGCCCGUAUUGCACUGAUGCCACUGCUGCAGGCAGAGAAGGACCGGAGGUGGGGCUGCCAGGGUGCUGCAGAUGCUUCGGGAAAACCUGGAGGAGGAGGCCAUCAUCAUGAAAGAUGUGCCCAACUGGAAGGUGGGAGAGUCCGUGUUCCACACCACGCGCUGGCUGACCCCCGUGAUGGGGGAGCUCUAUGGGCUGCGCCCGAGCGAGGAGAUCAUCCGCAACACCUACAGCUUCCUGUGGUACAUGUAGGGGGCCUGCAGCGCUCAGACCACCAGCCCCUGCCGCCUCCCCACCAGGAUGGAAUAAAGGCUCUGGAGACAGGCCUGCCUGUGUCCUUGCAGCUAACUGGGAUGGGGGCACACAGACUAGAUCUGGGGACUCCAGCAGAACAUGUCAGGCGGGGUGCCUUAAAACCCAUCCAGAGGCUGCCUCUGGGUCCAGCAACCUCGACCCCAAAUAUCCCGGGAUCCUUCCUCCAUUUGAAAUUGCUUGUCAACAGCCCACCUCUCCAGUCUUGGGGCUUCCUCACGAGGGCACAGGGGUGGGUGGGGGACCUGGAGAGGAGAGCCCUGGCGGCAGAGGCGGCGCACCCCGUGCUCCCGGGCCAGGAUCCCGCAGCGGUGUGACCGGUCCUGAAUUCC